AUGGGUUACUCGGUCCCCGAACAGAAGAAGCAGCUCCUCAACAAGGGCAUUUUGGAAAAUCCCUUGAUCGCCCCUGAUCUCCCCACCGGUGCUGCCGAAGCUGCCAGCAAGAUCUCCUUCACUGGGAGCGACUUACCCAGCAUCCCUAUCAAUUGGCGCUUUGCCGAGAGCGUAUCUGCCCUCAAGGCUUACGAGGCUACCCUCGUCAAUGUGCUGCUCAAGAGAAAAUACGGCCUUGAGCCCGUGUCAAUGACUAUCGAGACUGACCAUGCUCAGCUCUUCAUCAUGUCGUCGUUGCUCUGGACGAUUGAUCCCGCAGGAGAGAAUCUCUCUGCUAUGUCCAACCUGACGAGUCCCAAGGGUCGGGCAAAGCUCUCGAGAUAUUUUCCCGACUGGGAUAUUCACCGCUCCAAGUCAAGCAUAUAUAGAAUGGCUGCUACCAACAUAUAUAAGACUCUUGACGGGAGGUUCUUCCGUCUUCACGGCUCAAUGAACCCUGAUCGCACGCUUGACAGCAUUGACAUGCCCCAUGACAUGGAAUUUGAGUCUAUGCCAGAGGCUUCCGCCGCCAUCGGUGAGGCGGUGGGCAAGCUGACGGCCGACAAGUUGCAGCAUCGCGCGGCCGACAUCUACAAGCAGGCCGGCACUAUUUGCUACACCCGGGAGCAAUUCCGCGAGAGCGAGCACGGAAAGGCUAAUGCCCACGUGGGCCUCUUCGAAAUCUGCAAGCACCCCAAUCCCCAGCAGAAGCCAUGCUGGUGGCCCGAUGUGCCUCAGACGUCUGCCGAGCGGCCGCUCGCGGGGCUCAAGGUCGUUGACCUCAGCCGAGUCAUCGCCGCGCCGGCCGUCACCCGCGGCCUGGCCGAGCUUGGCGCUAGUGUCAUGCGUAUUAACGCGCUGCUGGACGUGCGCGAGGAAGGAGACCGAGCUACCUUGCGAGAGCUCAUCCUUGAAGCCGAUGUCUUUGUCCAGGGUUACCGGCCCGGUGUGCUUGACAAGUACGGCUUCGGCGAGAAGGACAUCGUGGAGAUGGUUCAAGACCGCGGCCGUGGCAUCAUAUACGUGCGCGAGAACUGCUACGGCUGGAACGAUCCCUGGAAGAACAGGAGUGGCUGGCAACAGAUCAGUGAUGCUAAUUGCGGAGUCUCGUACGAGUUCGGUCGUGCAAUGGGCAAUGACGAGCCAGUCACCCCAGUGUUUCCGAACUCGGACUACUGCACAGGAGGAGUUGGUGUUGCCGGCGUGCUGACAUCUUUGAUACGCCGAGCUGAGAAUGGAGGAUCCUACAGCGUAGAUAUUGCGCUCAACUACUACUCGACAUGGCUCGUCAAUAGCGUCGGCAUGUACCCCGACCCGGUAUGGCAGGACCUGUGGAAGAGCAACGGCUCGCUUGUCUUCCGGCACGACCAACCCAUGCAAACUAUGCUGGCAGCCAUGAUGCAAACCAUCAUGAAGCACAGCGCAAGCAAGCUGUUCAAACCCCAUCACUUCACGACGUAUUACUGCAGGUACCUUCAAAAGGACGUCAAGCUUGUCGCACCAAUCUUGCAGUUCCCGCAAGGUGAGGUCAAUCCCGGCUACAGCGUCGGCACGAGGACGAAUGGUGUCGACAAGCCAAGGUGGCCCGCCGACUUGACUGUUGAGAUGGUAGAAUAA